AUGUCAUUGGUGCAUUUGGCAAACGUUUGUGCCCACCUUCAAAACUGCUCAAGAGCAAGGGCAUCAUUGACCUCAAUUCCGUACACAAGACUGCAUUUGAACUUUGCUUACAAUUUGUACAAACAUGGGUUUCUCUCCACUCUCCAAAGAGGUUCGACUAAAGGUCCUGAUGCCAGCGCGGUAGAGGUUACACCAGACAAUAUUUCUACUCGUAGACUGUGGGUUGGGUUGAAAUAUAGGGAAAAUAAACCUGUGAUUAGUACUUGUCGACUGAUCUCAAAACCAAAUCUCAGAAUAGAGCUUCCGUACGAUGACUUGAAGCAGCUCUGCACGGGAAAGACUGUUAGAUUAAUCAAACCCCUUCAGCCUGGUGAACUCAUGCUGGUACGGUGCGGAAAGGACUUGCUUGACAUUAACGAGGCAGUUGCUAGGAAGGUUGGUGGAGAGGUUCUGUGCCGCAUAAAGUAA